AUGGGGCUGCUCCGGCUUUACUCGCUGGACCUGGGCAUCCGAUGGUUUUUGCAAAGCAGAAGCUUCUCUGAGGUCUGCGAGCUCAGCUCGGGGCUGCGUAACAAAUUCCGCCCCUUGGGGUUGUUUGCUCAGGGUGCUGUGGCCCCCAUGUACCCGACAGGUCCCCACAAUGCUGGGGGCAGUCAGGAGAAGUUCUGGUCCCCUUUCUGCAGCAGCAGCACCCUGCUGCAAUUCCUCCUCGUCUUCAGCUGCCUGGUGCUGUCGGUCUUCUCCACCAUCCAGGAGCACCAGAAACUGGCCAAUGAGUGCCUCUUCAUCCUGGGGAUCCUGGGCUCUGGCUUUGCCCUCAAAGUGCAGGAGCAGCAUCGGCAGAAGCACUUCGAGAAGAGACGGACUCCAGCGGCAAACCUGAUCCAGGCUGCCUGGCGCCUGUACUCGACGGACACCAGCCGGGUGUACCUGACGGCCACGUGGUGUUACUACGACAGCCUCCUGCCCUCCCUCAGCAAAAAGAUGGGCAUCAGGGACCGCAUCCGCCUGGGCAGCACGCAGCGGCAGGGCAGCCGGGGCAGGCAGCACCUGGGGCCCCCCCUGCACCGCUCCCCCAGCACCGAGGACGUCCCCGAGGCCUCCAGCCCCAGCAAGGUGCAGAAGAGCUGGAGCUUCAACGACCGGACACGCUUCCGUGCGUCCCUGAGGCUCAAGCCACGGACCCCAGUCGAAGCCGACUGCCCACCGGAGGACAGCGGUGAGGAGAAGAGCUCCCACUGUGACCUGACCUUCGAAGACAUCAUGCCAGCGGUGAAGACCCUCAUCCGGGCUGUCAGGAUCCUGAAGUUCCUGGUGGCCAAGAGGAAGUUCAAGGAGACCUUGCGUCCCUACGACGUCAAGGACGUCAUCGAGCAGUACUCAGCCGGCCACCUGGACAUGCUGGGCAGGAUCAAGAGCCUGCAGAUGCGCGUGGACCAGAUCGUGGGCAGGGGGGCCCUUGCUGCAGACAAGAAGAUCCGGGAGAAGGGGGAGAAGCCGGCGCUGGAGCCGGAGCUGGUGGACGAGCUCAGCAUGAUGGGUCGCGUGGUCAAAGUGGAGCGGCAGGUGCAGUCCAUCGAGCACAAGCUGGACCUGCUGCUCGGCCUCUACUCCCAGUGCCUCCGCAAGGGCUCCACGAACUCCUUCAGCCUGGCCGCCGUGCAGGUGCCCCCCUGCGAGCCCGACAUCACCUCCGACUACCACAGCCCUGUGGACCACGAGGACAUCUCGGUCUCUGCCCAGACCCUGAGCAUCUCCAGGUCGGCCAGUGCCAACAUGGACUGA